GGAACCGUCGCCCACAGCUUCCAUCUGCCACCGCCGCACCCUCUUUCUACUUUCUAUAUUUAUCCAUCCACAAGAUUCUUGGAUGCCCCCAUCUUUCUAUUCUUGAUCCCUAUACUAUAAAUACCUUCUCAAUACAAUCCAAACCGUAUGUAUGAUUAGUAUAUGGAAACUGGCAUUUCUACAAACACCUUGUCGACAAUCAUGAAUUCAGGUGAAUCUUCGUCGUCAGCUACAACUUCUCCGGUUACCUCCUUCUCUAGAUUCUUCCGGCAAGUGGUAUCCCCCGCCAGGAAAUCUCCGACGUCUUUCUCGGCUCCGCUUGCUUGUGGUACUUGGGAUGAUAAUAUCCAUGAGCAGGUGUUCAAUUACUUUGACGAGAACGGAGAUGGGAAGAUAUCAGCUGAGGAACUGAAGAACAAGCUGAGGGAGGUAGGAGGGGAGGAACAUCGGUUAUCGGAUGAGGAGGCGGAGAUAGCGGUGAGGUCGUCUGAUGCAGACGGAGACGGGAUGUUGGGAUUGGACGAUUUCAAGAAAAUGAUGAAGGAAGGAGAAGAGGAGGAGCUGAGAGAGGCGUUCGUGAUGUAUUGUAGGAAAUCAACGUAUAGGGAUAGGGAAGGAGGUGUAAUCACAGCGAAGAGCUUGAAGAGGAUGAUGAAGCGGUUGGGGCAGUCGACCACCGUGAACGACUGCAAGACGAUGAUCGGAAGAUUCGACGUCAAUGGAGAUGGAGUGCUGGAUUUCGAGGAGUUCAGGACCAUGAUGAGCUAACUCCAUUUCCAUUUCCAUUUUCAAUUAUUAUUUUCUUUUUUCUUUAUUGGAUUUUAUUUUUGUUUAUAACUCAUUUGAGUGGGAGGGGAGGAAGAUUGUUUAUAAAACUCUAAAAUUGAACUUGAAAGUAGUUUAUUGUAAAAUACUCGGUGAUUUUUGGGUUUGUUUAUAAAAACAACUUUGUAAUAUAAGUAA